AUGGGAGGGACAUCCAGACUUCUGAUAGUGCCGCCAAUAAUCUUUGAUCUUAUUUAUCUUCCAUGGUUUAUAACGUGUAUCAUUCCACUUUGCGCCUUGACACAGGGCACACUUUUUACGAAAAUCAACAGCGUAGCAGACAACGCAUCACUGAUUAGGAUCAGCGUCUCAGUUCCCGCGAGCGACUCAACUAUACUGCGCGCGUGCCGCGCGUCGGGUGUGACCAAGGAAAGAUGCCUGGUAUCCGAAGUAAAAAAUCGUCAGGACGCGCAUCGGGCGUGAUUAAGAUAGAAAAACCGAAGAUGUGCAAGUUUGUUGCGUUCAUACUCAACCUUUUUGGGGUGAAAACACGUCGCGAAGACGGUCAAUCUACGGACGUUGAGGCUGGUCCGGCUAAAUAGACGGUGCCAUGGAGAAGUCAUCGCAGUACUUCGGAACAUCCUCGGGAGUACAAUAUUCAAAGUCUUGCAUAUCUUACCUAUACACUGAUUAUUAAAAGUCAGUGUAAAAAUAUGAAUCCCAGCGUCUUCCCGCUCCGUAUCCCAGUACUCAAUGUGUUAACUUUUAAUUAUUUAAAGCUUAUUUAGCUGUAUCUCUAUUAUUUAAAUAUGUUUAUGUUAUUUGAUUGAUAUUUAAGUUUUUAUUAUCCACCAAAUUUGUGACGUACAGUAUUGUUCUAAGCAAUCCCAAGUUUUGUUUAAGACUUUUUAUUAUUCAUAAUGACAGUAAAAUCCAUAAUAAAACAAUUAAGUUAUUAUUACUAUAGAAAAGCCAUACAAACAAUGAAAUUGUCGCCAUCGCAACCUGUAUCUACCGUAAAAUUCACGGCGCUUACGCGUUUAGGUCGCGAGAUUCACGCUCCGCUUCUAUGGUUUAUUGUCAAAACAACAAUAGGUCAUGGCGCAAAAUACUGAUUCUUUGUGCCGGUUCUAUACGUAGUUAUAAUAGUUCAAUAACUGAACCCAUCAGUUAAUUCCUAACUUGUUUAAUUAUUCAAACCUUUGUAGGUAGGUACGAGUAUAUGUAGUAUGUAGUGAGUAGUUUUGGAAAGUAGAUUGUUAGCACAGAAAAAUAAAGUUUUAUUGAUCUGAA